AUGAUGAUCAUAUUCUUAGUGAUCCUUAUCAUCAACAUUUGUGCUUAUAAAAUAUCCGAGCAAGUAUUUUCGUUGUACCCAACAGAAGGAGAAUUUUAUCAAAACUAUCUGAGUGACUUUAUUAAAAGUGAACAAUUAUCAUGUAAAAUGUAUCCUAAAGUUCCCAAUGUGAAAGUUAUAAAUUAAUGCGAAGAGAUACUUAGAACAAAAGGCUAUUGUAAAAUAUUAAGAAUAUUAUUAAAGAAUUUAAAUCAAUGUCAUCAAAUACUACACAUUUUAGUACUCUGUCAAAAGAAAAUGAAGUAUGUAUUUAUGAGUGGAGGAAUUCUAUUAUUCAAUUAGUUUGGAAAUCUGUAGAAAUUAAUCAGUCUUUUAAUUGUUUUAAUAUCAAUUUGUCUAAAGAUUUUUAAGUUUUAGUCGAUUGCUAUUACGAUGAUAAAUUCUUUUUAAUCUAAUUUAUUGAUGGAUAAUCAACAAUUUCUUAUUCACAAUAAUCAUCUGUACCUGCUUCAACUAAAAUAUAAUCAAUUUUAAAUGAUACAAAUGCCUUUUUAGUAUAUGCCUAAUAUUUUGAGAAUUAUUCAAUACUUUCACUAAUUUCAUCAUAAUUUUUUAAUUUAAGUAGCCUUAAUAACUAAUUUGUCGAUUUUGAUAUAACAAUUACAAUAAGUCCGAAUAUUUAUGUAAUUAGUUCCUUAGAGAUUUUCUAGUUAUCUAUAUCUCCAGAAUUUCAAUUUUAUUAUAAAUAUAAUUUUAGCAAUGACAACAAGGAUGAUAUGAGUAAUUUUAUAAGUAUAAAUGCUUAUUACGAUUUAUCUACUUAUUCUUAGUGUGAUCAAAUAUUGCUAUAAUAUAUCAAAUCGUUGAAUUCUUAAAUAGAUUAUAAGAUGGCUAAAUUAUUGGGAUGUGGAAGUAAAAUUAUCAAACUCAGUGAUAGCUGUCCGUUUAAAAAUUGUCAGUUUAUUUAGAAUAUACUCUAAAAUAACUAAUUUAUAAUUUAUUAAUCAAUGAAUGAUAGGUGUAUUUAUAACAAACAAGAAGAAAAUAAAUUGUUCUUUUAUUAGCUUAAUUAAAGCAAUUCCCUAUUAUAUUUCAAUGAUAAUAAUGAGUUAUUUUAAUUUAAUUAAGAAAUUGUUGUUUAUAAGGUUUCAGUGCCGUCCAUUCAAAUUAACUUAACUAACAUAACAAGUUUAGAAAAUUUUUAUAAUUUUACAGUAAUGUGUAUCAAUUAUGAUGAGACUUACUCAUUUAGUCUAAUUAAUAUUAAUCUUUAUAUACUAACAAAUUAAGAUACAAAUAUUUAUGUAAUUUCUAAUUAUGGGUUCAAAGAUUAUUAAUUUUCUGAUGAAGCUUCUGGAAGAUUUUUAUUUUAUGGUUUUUCUGGAUAAUUAUUAAAUUAUAUUCUAAGCAAAAAGGAAACUUAUUUUAAUGUUACUUAAGUAACUUUUUAAAAUGUUGGUAACAUUAAUUACAAUUAUUAAUUCGAAUAAUUUUUGUCAAUAAAUUAUCCUUUAGAAGAUGAAAGAUAAUAUUUAAUUGGAUAUACUAAUUAGUCACUUGAUAUUUUAACUUGCAUUUACAAAUAUAACAACAAUUCGUAUGAAUUUACUAUAGUAAAUUCGAUUAACAUCUCUGUAAAUGCGAGUUCUUUGUAGGUUGCCAAUAGUAUUUAUCCUAAUAUGCUUAUAAUUGGACUCAGUACUAAUCAUACAAUCUAUUUGUUUUAAUACUUGAAUGAUAGCAACAGUAUAAUUAAUUAUUCAAAUUAUACGUUUAAAUAAAAAUUCUAGGAUUUCGUAGUAACAUAUAAUAGUAUUAUUAUUCUAAUUAAAACAAAGUAAGAAAUUAAAAUAAUGACAUUUAAUUUUACAAAUAUUUUUACUUUAGAUUAAUAGUCAGUGAAUAAAUUGUUCAACAACAUUCAGUUCAAUCCAAUAUAAAUAGUUGUGAAUACAUAAUUAUUAUCAUCUUUUUUAUAUAUCAACAAUAUUAAUGAAGUCAUCAUAAUUUCAAUAGAUUAAAAUAGCUUUCCAAUACCAAUUUCCUUGAUUCGAGUUGAUUUCACAAUCAAAUAGAUUAAUUUAGUGGGUUAAUAAUUGAUAUUAUCCUAUUUAUGUGUUAAUGAACAGAAUAUUUGCUUCUAAGUUUGGAAUGUGUAAAAUUUACCAGAAUACUAUUAUGUAAAGAAUCUUUAUACUGCAAAUUUUGAUAAUAACAUAAUAAUAUAAUCUGAUAACUUGUUUUUUUAUGUUACUUUAAGAAAUUACACUGUUUAUGUUUACAAUCCUUAAUUACCAUAUCAUAUGAGUUUAUAUUAUAAAUUAGAAUUAACUGCACCAUUUUAAUGUACUUAAUCAUCAUAAUUAAGGAAAGGCUAUAUUUAUGAAAAGUCAAUAAUAUUUUCAAACAAUAAAUUGUAUUAUCUUUUUGGGUAAUAAAACUUUAAUCUAACUUAUCAAUAUUACAAUCAAGUAUAUAAUAAUUCCAUAAGCUAUCCACAAUUAACUUAUAAUUAUACAAUAACUUCAGCAUUAAAUGACACUGCCUUUUAGUACACUCCUAAUUAAACUGUAACUUUUUAUUCAAACUUCACAAUAUUUUAAAAUUAAUCAUAUUUAUCUAUUAAUUUAACAAAUAAUUCUCUAAUACCUUAUUCUAAAAAUAUCACAUAUCCAAUAAGUUUAAUACUUGAUAGGUAAAUGGGAUAUUGUGGAUCAAUAAAUUAGAAUUAAACUUAUGAUUUAAACAAAUAUUGUAGUUUAACUUCAUUUUAUCAUAAGUCUAAUAGCACUCAAAAUUAGGGUAAUUACUCCUUAAUCACUUCAAUAAAUAAUAAAUUUUUUGCUUUACAGAAUAACUCUUACAUUUAAACUUUAAAUGGUGACUUAACGAAUAAAUUUAAUUUAAGUUACUUAAAUUUAAAUUUGAGCGAAUGUCUAAAAUCAACAGCAUAAAAUUACACUCUAUAUACAAUUUGUUAAAAUAGUACUUCAUAAUAUUUACUUAACUUUACUCUAAAUUUUUCAGGAUCUAUUGAACUAAUUCAAACAACAUAACUUCCAAAAAUGUUUAUAAAUAUUUCAAAAAUAAGCAGCGUUCUCAACUAAAUUUUUGUCUUAGGCUCCAUUGAUUAAUAAUAAAAAUAACAAUUGUAUUGGCUUGAUUAAUCUAACAACCCUUUGUAGUUGAUAUCUGAUACAAAUAGUGCAUGUCAAGAUUUUUCUGUUGCUUUAAUUGUAACAACAACUUCUACUAUUAAAUAAAAACAAUAAAUAAUAUUGUUUUAUAUUCAUUAAGUUGAAAAGGUUUAAUCCCUCUUUUAUACAUUGUUAAUAGUUUAAAAUAACUAAAUUACUGUAUAAAAUAGUGUUUUUAUAAAAGGAUAUGUAAGCAAUAAUGAGAAUAGUCGUGCUGAAUUACCUCCUUCUUACGUUCUAAUCAUAUAAACAUAUUAAAACAGGGCAAUUAUUCUAUUGAGUAAUUUUGAUAUAAAUUAUAUAAGUGAGAUAAUUGAUUUUAGAAUACAAUAGAAUUUAUUUUAAACUGUCCCUAUUAGAACUCUUCCAAAUUAUGGUAAUUUAAACAAUACUGGCAAUUCUUUUUAUCAGAAUGGAGUUUUGAUGCAACAAUUUUUGUCUAAGAAAGAAUUCAUUGUUGGAGUUUAUUUUUUGAAUAAUCUCUUAUAAGAAAAUUUGUUAGAACCUAUUUUAAUGUAAGGUUCAUUCACUACGACAAUGUUUGAUUACGCUAUGAUUGUAGAUGAAAAAUAUCAAAAUGGAACAUCUCUUUAUAUUAAAAAAUAAUCUAUACAUAAUUACUCAAUAAGUACUUGGAAUGUAACCUGUAUUUUGAAUAGAAAAACAUAAAACUACAUUACUGUUUCUAUAUUCUGUUCAAAUGAAUUUUCAAAUGGAACUUAUAUAGUUACAUUCAAACAGCCAUAAUUAGAAAAAUCAAGUAGAAGGUGGAUAUAUUCUCUGAUUUCAAUAAUUGCUUUGCUUUUAUUGUAUUUUUAUAUGAAAGUUAAACAAAAGACUAGGAACUUAGAUUUUAAUGCAUUCUAAAUUGAAUUAUGA